UGCUGUCAAAGUGGUGGGAGUCGCAGCUGCAGUUCACAACAUGGCUCACCUAAAGAUCUACGCUGUUUUGUCCAUUUUGAUGUGCCUCCAAAUUGUGUCCUCCAGCAAACUGGUGUGCUACUACACCAACUGGUCUCAGUACAGACCAGGUGUUGGCAAAUAUUUGCCACAUAACGUCGACCCCAACCUCUGCACGCAUUUGAUCUACGCCUUCUCGGUCAUCAGCCCUUCCAAUGAGCUGUCGACAUACGAAUGGAACGAUGAUGUUCUGUACAGGUCUUUCAAUCAACUCAAGAACAGCAACCCCAAGCUGAAGACUCUGCUGGCUGUUGGUGGAUGGAACUUUGGAAGUACUCAAUUCACCAUCAUGGUCUCCACUCCGGCCAACCGCCAAACAUUCAUCCAGUCAUCAAUUCGAUUCUUGCGACAGUAUGACUUUGACGGUUUGGACCUGGACUGGGAGUACCCCGGCGCUCGAGGAAGCCCACCUCAGGACAAAAUGAGGUUCACGGUGCUAUGCCAGGAAUUCCUCGCCGCUUUUGAGGAAGAAGCUGCACGGACCAGUCGGCCACGCCUUUUGCUCACGGCUGCCGUGGCGGCUGGCAAAGGAAACAUUGACAACGGUUAUGAGAUUGCAAAAGUGUCAAAGUUGUUGGAUUUUAUGAAUAUCAUGACGUACGAUUUCCAUGGAGCAUGGGACCCCUUUACCGGUCACAAUAGCCCCCUGUAUCGCUCUUCUUUCGAUGAAGGGGACAACAUCUACUACAAUGUGGACUUUGCGAUGAAAUACUGGCGAGACCAAGGCGCUCCCAUGGAUAAGCUCAAUGUCGGUUUUGCAACAUACGGGCGCACAUUUCGUACAACGUCAGCAGCUAAUGGUGUUGGAGCGUCUGCCAACGGGCCGGCCUCAGCUGGGACGUACACUCGUGAAGCUGGGUUUUGGUCCUACUAUGAGAUUUGCACAUUCCUCAAUGGAGGAAGUCUGCAUUGGAUCGAUGAGCAGAAGGUGCCCUACGCCAUAAAAGGCAACGAAUGGGUUGGGUUUGACAACAGACAGAGCUAUGAAAUCAAGGCAAAGUACCUAAAAGAAAAUCAUUUUGGAGGGGCUUUUAUCUGGGCUCUGGAUCUGGAUGAUUUUGCUGGACAGUUCUGCGGGCAAGGAAACUACCCACUCAUCAGUUACCUGCGCUCUCUUCUGGGUUCAGAUAUCCCAGCACCAACUCCGGAAACAACAAACCCAACGGAGUCCACGAUGACGCCAACCGCCACUUCCCCACCAACCACCACUUCUCAUCCAGCUGCCACUUCCAAACCAAUCACCACUUCCCCAACAACCACCACUUCCCAUCCAGCUGCCACUUCCACACCAACCACCGCAACUUCCUCAGCAACCAUCACGACUGUCGCUCCUGGUAGCACAUUCUGUGAAGGAAAGCUUGAUGACCUUUAUGUGAAUGGUGAUGACCAAAACUCCUUUUACCAGUGUUUCCAGGGUCGCACUUUCCUCCAGAAGUGCCCCAGUAACCUUGUUUUUAGAAAACAAUGUAAUUGCUGUGAUUGGCCAUAAUACAUACGGUACAUACAGUAUGAUGACAAUGUCUUCCUCAAACAAUACAGCAUGUUUUCACUCUGAUUUAUAUAAGGAGAAUUCAACACUGCACAGUCCAAAGGUUACAUUAUAUCAUAUAUAUCAUACAUAAAUAUAUACACACCAACCAUACUUAUCCUCACUGUCAUUAAAGCCCGACUACCUGUUAGAUCAUUUUGAAGCUUGUUUGUCCUCAUUUGGCUUUUAUAAUAAAGGUGUAUUCUAUUGUUUAC